AUGGCCCCCGCAUUCUCCGCCAGUCUGAAGGACCCCGGCCUCUUCGUCGAAGGCUCCUACAUCAACGGCCAAUGGGUUGCGUCACAGACCGGCAAGACCUUCAACGUCUACAAUCCCGCCAACGAGGCGCUGGUCGGCCAAUGCCCCGAAUCCACCACCGAAGACAUCAACGCUGCCAUUCAGGCGGCCGCGAAGGCUUUCCCCACAUGGCGAUCGCAAUCCGGCCGGCAGCGCGGUCGCAUUCUGCGCCGUUUCUUCGAGCUCAUCGUCGAGAACAAGGAGGACAUUGGCAAUAUCAUUACAGCUGAGAACGCCAAGGCCAAGGGCGAUGCUGAGGGAGAAGCGCUCUUAUCAGCUGGAUUCUUCGAAUGGUUCUCCGAAGAGGCACCCCGGAUCUAUGGCGAUGUGAUCCCCCACAGCAACCCCUCCAGCCGCACACAGGUCAUCAAGGAGCCCAUCGGCGUGUGCGGCCUUACCACCCCGUGGAACUUCCCCAUGGCCAUGGGAGCGCGCAAGGUGGCCGCUGCCCUGGCCGCGGGCUGCACAGUCGUUAUGAAGUCGGAUGGCCUCACCCCUUCUCCUCUAAUGCGCUGGCUGCCCUCGCACAGCGCGCGGUCGGAUGUCGUGAAGAAGAUCUCUUUCACAGGCUCUACCCGCGUCGGCAAGAUCCUGAUGCAGCAGUCGAGUAACACCCUGAAGAAACUCAGCCUCGAGCUCGGCGGUAACGCCCCCUUCAUCGUAUUCGACGACGCCAACCUUGAGAACACCGUCACUGCCGCCGUCAUUAGCAAGUCCAAGGUAACCGACCAGACCUGCGUGUGCGCCAACCGAUUCUUCGUGCAGGAGGGGAUCUACGAGAAAUUCACCAAGCGCUUCGUCGAGAACAUGAAGAAGUGCUCCGUCGGAGACGGGCAGAAAAACUCCGUGACACAUGGCCCUCUGACCAACGGCAUCGAAAAAGCCGGGGGGCACAUCCACGACGCCGUAAACAAGGGAGUCACUAUUCUCCUAGGCGGCAAGGCCUUGACAUCUCUCGGAAAGAAUUUCCACGAGCUCACUAUCCUGGGUAACGUGGACGAUUCCACUAAGAGCAACUCGGAGGAGUCAUUUGGAUCCGUCGCUGCCAUCUCAAAAUUCAAGACUGAAGACGAGGUGGUUCGUGGCGCGAACAAUGCCGAAGUUGGCCUGGCGUCAUACCUCAUGACCUCGGACCUCGGAAAGGCACACCGUGUCUCUGAGAGACUUGAAUUUGGCAUGGUUGGUAUCAAUACUGGCGUUAUCUCUGACUCUGCUGCACCAUUUGGCAGCUUCAAGCACUCUGGCAUGGGACGUGAGGGCAGCAAGUACGGCAUUGAUGACUACAUUAACAUCAAAACGAUCGUGACUGGUGACAUCAACACCGUGCACUCAAGCCUGUGA